UCGUCGCAACGUCGGAACUCUUCCUACUCCUCCCUAGAUACCUCGCAAAAGCCGCCCCCCUUCAUCCCUUCCAUCCCCACCUACAUCUAACAUGGAUAUUUCGUCGAUCUUGCAGGGCGGCUACCAGCACCCAGUCUCGCGCGCAUGGCAGAGCCCGCGCCAGCUCACGAAAUCCAUGCUCAUGUACCCCAUCUUCAUCACCGACGACCCUGAUGCCGCUGAGGAGAUGACGACGCUGCCAGGUCAGCGUCGCUGGGGUGUCAAUAAGCUCGAGGGCUUCAUCGGGCCCCUCGUCCAGAAGGGAUUGAAGAGCGUGAUCCUGUUCGGUGUGCCCAUGAAGGCGCAGAAGGACGAGAAGGGAACGCUAGCGGACGACCCUGAUGGCCCGGUUAUCCUCGCUGUCAAGAAGCUGCGCUCCCUCUUCCCCGACCUCUACAUUGCGUGCGACGUGUGUCUCUGCGAGUACACCAGCCAUGGACACUGCGGCAUCCUGCACGAGGACGGGACGAUCAACACCCCGCCCUCAGUCGUGCGCAUUGCGCAAGUCGCGGUCAGCUACGCGCGCGCAGGUGCACACUGCGUUGCGCCGAGCGACAUGAUGGACGGUCGUAUAAAAUCAAUAAAGCAGGGUCUCAUGGACGCAGGGCUUGCGAACAAAUGUACACUGAUGUCGUACUCGGCCAAAUUCGCGAGUGCGCUCUACGGUCCCUUCAGAGACGCUGUGCUGAGUGCACCUUCCUUCGGUGACCGCAAAUGCUACCAGCUGCCUCCAGCUGCGAAGGGACUGGCGCGUCGCGCUAUCUUGCGCGAUGUGAACGAGGGCGCCGACAUCAUCAUGGUCAAGCCUUCCCUGCCAUAUCUGGACAUCAUCGCGGACGCUGCGCAGCUUGCGCCGGACCACCCUACUGCCUGCUACCAGGUCAGCGGCGAGUUCGCUAUGGUGCACGCCGGCGCGCGCGCGGGUGUCUACGACCUGAAGACGAUGGCGUUCGAGACGGUGAACUCGAUGAUUCGUGCAGGCGCUGGAAUCAUCCUGACCUACUUCACGCCCGAGUUCCUUGACUGGCUGGAUGAGUAAAGGGAGAAUCGUGCCAAGUGUAAUAUUUAGUCAAAACCAAAAUCAAGCACAGGUGACCCAGGUCACCGUCACCGCUCACUUCUGCCUCCGAGGCUCAUGUAUGUCCGCUAAGGUGGACCAGUCGAGGUGAUGUGAGUGGCCUUCGACUCCUCAACUCGGUCUCGCUUUCGUAGCUAGCCAUUUGUUAGAAAAUGUGUGAGUUACGUUUCCCUAUGCUGUAUCUGUUCAAGGAUGAUGAUGCUUAGCUAGCGUCCUGUUACCCCGUACCUAAGGC